AGAAUUAAAAUAUCACGGACUCUAGGCAGCAUUGUAGGACAUAUCAUACAUGUAUAGGCCUUUGUUCACGAAAUAACAUUGGCUUACAACUUUACUACAUCUAACGUCCCCGGUAUUUCACCGCCGAUAGCUUCACAAUGGCCGCCAUCAAAAAAUUUCAAGCGAACGAAGAUGGUUUUGAGGUGACAAAUACGGUUCUUGAAUACUUCAACGAAAAUGGCUUCAUUGUGGUUAAGGGUCUCGUAGAUUCAACUGAGGUGGCGAUGUUGAAGGAAGCCAUGGAACAGGAUCGGGAUGUCUUGUCCAACUGCUUCGAGCGCGACGAUGGUGACGGACAAAAGGUGAAGCUGUCGCUGUGGAACGAACCUGGGGAUGACAUCACGGGAUACCUGGCAAGGUCGGACAAGGUGGCCGGGACAUUUGACAAGCUGUUUGGCGGGGAAGUCUAUCACUUCCACACAAAGUUGGUACAAAAAGAAGCUUUUACGGGCGGCGCCUUCGUAUGGCAUCAAGAUUAUGGAUAUUGGUACCUCCGUGGUGUUCUUCUUCCCGACGCUGGUACCGUCUCCAUAGCAAUCGAUAGGGCGGACAACUCAAAUGGAUGUCUAAAGGUUUUACCGGGUUCCCACAAAGCCGGCCGCAUUCAGCACCAAAUUAUUGGGGAGCAAGUUGGGGCCGACCCAGACCGUAUGAAGUACCUUACAGAAAGAUUCGGUAUGGUCGACGUGGAACUGGAUCCAGGGGAUGCCCUCUUCUUCCACUGUAACCUCCUUCACAAAAGCGACCAGAACAACAGUCCCAACAGAAGAUGGGCACUGUUGUUUGCCUACAACAGGGCCAAUAACCCACCGGUAUUUGAGGAUUACCACAAGGGCUAUAAGCCUUUGAAAAGGAUCAGGAACGCCGAGAUCAAGAACUGUUCCAAGUUAUCUCAGGAAAGGGAGUAUUUGGUGGCAAGAAAGGCCGAUCACGCAAAUUUAUACGAGAACAAGUAGCGGCCAUUCGGGACGCAGGAAUACAGUCCGGGGAUUGUAAUGAGGUUAUUCGUUACUGUUGAAUUCCCUGUUCAUCUAUAAUGUUUGUUAUAACUCAAAGAGCCUCCCUUUUUAUCAGAUAUUGUUGCGUACGACUUCCAGGUAAAUUUGAUCAGACUUUCUUGAAGGUAUCGUAGCCUUCUGCAGUGUUGAAAAAUGCUACAACUGGGUUUGGGACGUUUCUGUAGGCUCUCAUCCAAUCGGAAUACAUCUGCUUAGUCCUGUAUGGAUUGGAGUCCUUUUUGAAGUUCCCCAAAUCAAAUUUGUCACAACUGUGAUUGUUUCCCUCCGAUAUGUGGCUCGUGUCAACGAUUUGUUCCAAGGGUGAGGCUGAAAAUAUUCAAUGGAUUCCAAAUUUGCAUUAUAGUGUGUUGAAGUUUAUUGGAAAAUAGUAGGUUUAAGGGAUUGUCACGUUGAUGAUAAUGUGAACAAAACACUUAAAGGACAAUUUAUAUUACUGAAGGCAUUAUUACCAAACUGUCGGCUACCAAGAUCAGAGUUAUCGUCUGCGGGAUCGUCUGUUGCUAGACUUCCCCAAAUAGAUGCAAUUUUCCAAAUCCAGCGAAGCAUCCUCGCAAACUAAUGAAGCGGUCUUAAAUAAGAUGAAGACACGGGCCCACUUACGCUAUCAAAACAAGGAAAGAAAACAGUUUACCUACCCAAAGCGAAGGAUGCUUUACCAGCUUGAAUAAUGUAGCUAAUUUCGAAAGAAUGUAAACACCAGGCCUGCAGGGGGUCCCCAACGCCACCAGUCGGGGUGCAUAUAAAACACAGGUCUGCUCCGCGGGUACGCGACCCGGAAUAUUCGAACCACGUUCAGAAACAAAGUGACCGCGCUGGAUAAACAAAAUUGGCAACAUUUAAGAGUGUUCUUAUCGUGUCGGUAUCGCACGCGGCGGAACUCGUGUUACGCUCAUCUAAAAUUGAUUUCGGGAUUUGUUUGUGUUGUUUUUGUCGGGAAAUGAGCGCGUCAGGUACUGCACAUGACGAUAAGGCUACUUCGGCUCUCCUUAUGUUGAAGGUGGUAUGCCAUGGUUGAUACAGAUGUCCGCCAUGAAAUGUUGUCAGUUCUGCUGAAGGCGGUGUUUUCGAUACCGGCGAAGUGUGCAUAUUAAACAGUGUAUCAAUACAAAUAAUGACUUUGAAAUCUAGCACAAGAUUUACAUGCAUGUAGUGUCCGAAACAAAACAAUAAACAGCAUUUCUUAAAA